CCUCCAUCGCCCUUCCUAAGUUUGGACCAGUACAUACAAAUUUUGUAUUCUCUUGUAGAUAUUGCAGCUUCUUCCUACUGUGUUUUUUGAGCUCAUCCUCUGAAGGCAUCUCAUAAUGAACGACGUGGACGAAGUAGACCUCUAUGAGGUCCUCGGAGUCACCAGUGGCGCAAGUAAAACCGAGAUCAAGAAGGCGUAUCACAAAGCCGCACUAUCCCAUCACCCUGACAAAGUUGCCGAACACGAACGAACCGAAGCCGAAAUCCGCUUCAAGUCCGCCAAACAGGCGUACGAGAUCCUUUACGAUGACGACAAACGGACUCUGUACGAUACCCACGGCAUGGCUGCCUUCGAUCCCAACCGAGGUAGUCCGGGUGGUCCGGAGGUUGAUCUUGACGACAUCCUAGCACAGAUGUUUGGCGGUGGUAUGGGAGGGAUGGGAGGCAUGCCCGGCAUGGGUGGAAUGGGAAGUAUGCCGGGGGGAAUGGGAAGGCAACCACGGAAGGGCCGAGACGUAGAGCAAGAAUAUGAGGUCACGCUCGAGGAGCUUUACAAGGGAAAGACGACACGAUUCUCGAAUACCAAGAAUGUCGUGUGUCAGACAUGCAAAGGGACGGGCGGGAAAGAGAAGGCAAAGCCACACCAGUGUGCUGUGUGUGGCGGCAACGGCGCUACUACUCGUCUUCGCCCCGUCGGCCCUGGGCUGGUCACGCAGGAAACCGUCCCUUGCUCUACCUGUUCCGGCACUGGUUCUCUGUUCAAGGACAAAGACCGUUGCAAGAAAUGCAAGGGUAAGAAAGUCACGGAGUCCAAGAAGGUCCUGGAGCUUUACAUACCACGCGGAGCACGAGAGGGCGAGCGAAUCGUUCUGGCUGGCGAAGCAGACCAACUGCCAGACCAGGAACCCGGAGAUAUCGUUUUCGAACUUGUCGAGAGCCCUCAUGACGUCUUCCAGAGAGCGGGAAGUGAUCUGAAGGUCGACUUGAAGAUAACACUAGCGGAGGCACUUACAGGAUUCAACCGCGUGGUUGUCACACAUCUCGAUGGGAGGGGUAUCAAAGUUCACGUGCAGCAGCCAAAAGGCAAAGUCUUGACCCCAGACCAAGUCAUCAAGGUUCCAGGAGAGGGAAUGCCAGUGAAGAAGAGCGAUGCUAAGGGCGAUCUAUUUCUGGUCGUGAAGAUUGAGUUCCCGGCAGAUGGAUGGAUAAAAGACGAGGAAACGAUCCAGAAGAUCAAGGAGGCUCUACCUGGUCCCACCAAAUCCGAGGACGCUACACCAGAGACCACCGACGAGGUCGAGAUUGACUACGAUGCCACCCUUGAAGACUUUGGAUCCGGAAGCGAUGAUCCUCGUGCAGGGGGCGAGUGGGAGGAUGAUGAAGAGGAGGGUGGGCCACAGUGUGCCACCCAAUGAUUAAACGAUUAAACAACUUCAACGAUAUGCAUAGAUCGGCGUUCGGACGGGAGUAUUGGGUGAGUCUGGUCCACUGCCUCCCUCUUGGAGGUCAUUUCCUGGUCACGCGUAGAUGAUAAUAGCUCUAUCACCGUUUUGAGAUAAGCGGUGCCUUUCCUCAAUCAAGGUCAAACUUCGUCGCAACAAUGCUUGCAGAUGUGGGAGACUGUGGCUUUGACUACGGGAGUGAGUGACUUCGUAAGGAGCCGGACGCUUAUUCUCUCACAGUUUCACCUGCGUCGCUCGCGUGUGAGAAUGCUUCAUUUGGUCCUAACAGUCUUUUAACCCACUUUCAAAAAAUAUUUUAGCUCGGACGCCGAGUUCGCAAUACAAGGCCUAGUGAUGCGGG